AUGUCAAACGACGAAAAGAGGACAGAGCAGACGAACUCGUCCGAGGCCGACGACGAACCGGACGAAUGGGACAAGCGGAUCUUCAGCACCGGAUGCGCAGAUGAGAACAUGAAGUUGACGGACUGCUAUUUCGAGAAGAAGGAUUGGCGGGCGUGCAAAGAAGAGGUACGUUUCUGUACAGCCAGACACGAGACACCACUGCAAAGUCUCAUGACGCACUACGCUGCCUGCGAACAGCUCGCUGACGAGCGCCUAGAUGGAGGUAUUCAGGGCGUGCUGGAAAAAACACAACAACGAUGA